CAAGGUACAUAGUCAACAGUUCAUUAGAAAUGCUGAGCACGUAGAAGAUAUCCGUUAAGACUCGCAGCUGAGCAGAAACAGUGAGAGAAGAAAAAGAAAGAAAAAGAGAAAGCAAGUUAUGGCGACGAAGGUUCCUCAGAUCGCAAUUCUGGGAGCUGGUAUUUUUGUGAAGACUGUGUACAUUCCCAAACUCGCGGAGAUCUCUCAUCUCUUCCAUCUCAAAGCCAUUUGGAGCCGCAGUCAGGGAUCUGCUACGGCGGCCGUAGAGAUAGCCGGUGAGCAUUUUGCCGGCGUGGAGUGUAAAUGGGGAGAUAGCGGUCUUGAAGAGAUCAUCCAAGAUGGAUCCAUAGAUGCCGUUGCUAUCGUGUUGGCUGGACAAAAUCAGGUUGACUUUUCACUGAGGCUGCUAAAGGCCGGUAAACAUGUUAUUCAAGAGAAACCUGCAUCAUCAAGUACAAUUGAAUUGGAAACUGCAUUGUCCAGCUAUCAAUCUAUUUCUGCUGCUUCCCCUGGUCCAUUAAUAUGGUCUGUGGCUGAAAAUUACCGAUUUGAGUCUGGCUUACUAGAGGGCAAGAAACUGAUUGCUGACAUUGGGAAAAUUAUCACUAUUCACCUUACUAUGGAAGCAUCAAUGACCACUUCAAACCCCUACUAUUCUACCAGCUGGAGGCACAGUUUCACUGGAGGUUACGUGCUUGAUAUGGGCGUGCAUUUCGUUGCAGCGUUAAGAUUGAUUGUUGGGUCUGAGGUGGCUUCAGUUUCAGCAAGGACAUCUCACGUAGAUUUGAACUUACCUCCCCCAGAUACCAUAUCAUCUGUCUUUCAGUUGGAGAAUGGAUGUUCAGGAGUGUUUGCGGUAGUUGUCAACUCCAAAACACCCAAGUUUUUGUGGCGAUUUGUUGGCUUGAAUGGAACCCUGGAAAUUGAGCAAAUUUUCGAAGGAAAACAAGGUUACCUGGUUUCUCUUCAUGGUGCCGAUGGACAAGUCAAAAGGUCCACCUUUCCAUCCGAUGGAGUAAUUGAGGAAUUAAAAGCUUUUCUUAGUGAUGUAUCUGAAAACACCCUCAAGAAGGGGAGUGAAUUUGUGGCUGAGCCCCGACUCUCUAUUGUUGAGGGUGCAAGAGAUGUUGCUGUGUUAGAGGCAAUUUUUGAAUCCGGAGCUAAGGAAGGUGAAGUUGUUCAUGUGAAAAAGUUUUGAGAGAAUCGCGGAACCCUUUUUCACUUGCAGCCUAGAUUAAUGUUUACCAAUAUUUACUCUGCAAUGUUAUGGAACCCGUCUCUCUAUUGAUGAGUAAGCUUGUGUUUGAAUAAUUACCCUCAUCAAUGUCAUUGGAUCAAGCUUUUGUAUUUGCUUAAAUAAUUAGUGUUGUAAUAAGACCAUGUUUAUAAACUAUGAUAUUGACCUUGAAUUAUUUAAUGUUCAUAUAUACUUUGGUAAUGUGUCACAA